CUUGUGGCUAUUUCAUCUCCUCACUCCUUUUCAUGGACUUUUAAUGUUGGGCAGACCCUUGGAUGUCAUCUGGUACAUGUCCCACCCUCCCUGUGCAGGGUGGAUGUGGGGUGGCUCCGGGGUGGGGAGGACCAGGGUGGGGGUGUGGCCUUGACCAGCUUUCCCUCAAUCACAGGGGAAGAGGCUGCUGGGGGUGACAGGCUCAUUCAUGAGCGGGACCUGGCCUGGCUGCAGCAGGCAGACUUGGUUGUGGCAGAAGUGACCCAGCCAUCCUUGGGUGUAGGCUAUGAGCUGGGCCGGGCCGUGGCUCUCAAUAAGCGAAUCUUGUGCCUGUUCCGCCCGCAGUCUGGUCGAGUGCUUUCAGCCAUGAUCCGGGGAGCAGCAGAUGGCUCGCGGUUCCAGGUGUGGGACUACGAAGAGGGAGAGGUGGAGGCCAUGCUGGAUCGAUACUUUGCAGCUGAUCCUCAUGAGCAGGUGGCUUCCUCCCCGGACCCAACUAUUUGACUUAACCCCACUUGAUUAUAUUCUUCUGAUCCCAGACUCUGCUCCAAUACCAUUCCUGCCUAAAAGCCCCGGUACCAAAUUAAAAGGUAUGAUUACGAUUCUAA